AAGUUUUACAAUGAUUGAUUUUCUGGAAAGUAAUAAUGCUUGUGGGCAGACGUUAUUGAAAUUGGUUGCCCGAGGGAAUGCAAUUAUAGCAGAACUCCUGCGACUUGCCGAUUUUAUUCCACCAGUGUUUAAAUUGGAAACUAAAGAAGAGAAAGAUAAAUAUGGAGAAAUAUUACUUGACUUUUCUUAUUUUAAAGCAAUUGAUUUAUUUGAACACAAGUUAAAUUCUAAAGUGGAUCUUCAAGAUCUUGAUGAUGAAUUCAAGGAGAGUCACCUUGAGAUCUUAACACGAUUUUAUUUAGCUUUUGAAAGUAUUUUUAAGUAUGUGACAGAUUUAAACAGAUUUCUUGCAGAUCUUGAUGAGGGCGUUUUUAUUCAGCAAACAAUGGAAACAGUGCUUUUAUCAAAUGAUGGAAAACAGUUAUUGUGUGAAUCAUUAUACUUAUAUGGUGUAAUGCUGAUUGUUGUCGAUCUGCGAUUUGAAGGAGAAGUACGCGAAAGAAUGCUAGUAUCUUAUCACAGAUAUUGUGCUUCAAAAGCUGUGGAUUCAUAUAUGGAUGAUGUUUGUAAAUUACUUCGUAGUACUGGUUUUAGUUCUAGUGCUAGCAUUAAACGACCACCAAAGUAUCCAGAAGAUUAUUUCAAGAGAGUCCAAAUAUCUGAAACAUUUAUUGAGAUGCUCAUAGGAAGACUUCGUUCAGAUGAUAUUUACAACCAGGUAGCAUCUUAUCCAUUACCUGAACAUAGAAGUACUGCACUUGCUUCUCAAGCUUCAAUUUUAUAUGUGAUACUGUAUUUUGCUCCUGAUAUUCUCCACAAUCAACCUGCUAAGAUGAGAGAGAUAAUAGAUAAGCACUUUCCUGAUAACUGGGUUAUUAAUAUUUAUAUGGGUAUUGUUGUAAAUUUAUGUGAAAUGUGGGAACCAUAUCGAGCUGCUCGUACUGCAUUGAACAACACUGUUGAAAUUCAGAAUGUCAAAGAUAUUGCAUCUCGUUUCAUUAAAAAAGUUACUUCUCUCAAUACUACGACAUUAGGUUUUUUAAAAGAAGGUGUUUUAACUGAAGAACUUAUUCUUGAUAAUAUUCCAAAAUUAAUGAAUGUUCUUCGUGAAUGCAAUACAACAUAUAGAUGGUUGAUGCUUCAUACUGCCGAAGGAAUUUCAGAUUUACAUAAGAAAUCAAAACAAAUUCGUGAUGCCAUUAUUGCAUGUGGUCAUGAUCCUGUUCUUUUAUUCCAGCUUUUAUUGAAUACGUCCCAUUUUGAAUUUCUACUCAAAGAGAUAUUCAAGCAGAUGUUGUCAAGCAAAAAAAAUAAAUGGGAAAGCUGUAAAAAAGAAUGUGUUGAUAGAAUGGAUGAACUAAGUGAGGUUUUUAGUGGAACUAAACCUCUAACUAGAAUUGAAAAAAAUGAGAAUCUAAUGGCUUGGUUUAAAGAAAUGUCAAAACAAAUCGGUUCACUUGAUUAUGAUGAUUCUACAUCAGCUGGAAGAAAAAUGAUUCAGCUUAUUCAAGCUCUUGAAGAAGUACAGGAAUUUCAUCAGUUGGAAUCAAAUAUGCAAGUCUUUCAAUUUUUAGCAGAUACUCGCAAGUACUUGCAUCAGAUGGUUCGUACAAUAAAUAUUAAAGAAGAGGUGUUGAUAACAAUUGGAUUGGUUGGUGACUUGAGUUAUGCCUGGGAGAUAAUGGAUCGGUAUACAUUACUAAUGCAGCAAGGAAUUAAGAAGCAGCCUAAUUUAGUUAUUAAACUACGAGCUACUUUUUUAAAGAUGGCGUCAGCGCUUGAACUACCCUUGGUUAGAAUUGGUCAAGCCAACAGUCUUGAUUUUGUUAGUGUAUCACAAUACUACUCAGGUGUACUGGUCACUUAUUUAAGAAAGGUUCUUCAAGUUAUACCAGAAUCAAUAUUUGCUUUACUGGCUGUUAUUAUAAACAUUCUUUCAAAAAAAAUGGUGGAGGUACCUACUCGCUUAGAUAAAGACAAACUUCGUGAUUAUGCUCAACUUGAUGAGAGAUAUGAGGUGGCAAAACAUACACAUGCUAUAUCUGUAUUUGCUGAAGGUAUUUUACUUAUGAAAACCACUCUUGUUGGAAUAAUUAAGAUUGAUCCUAAACAACUACUCGAAGAUGGUAUACGCAAAGAACUUGUACAACAAGUUGCAAAAGCUCUACACAAUGGAUUAAUUUUUAGUAGCAAAUUAAAGCCUGGAGAACUUGUUCAGAAGUUAAAUGUGCUUGGGCUUAGUAUGGAUGCAUUCUGUCGAUCUUUUGAGUACAUUCAAGACUAUGUUGAAAUUUAUGGGUUAAAAAUAUGGCAAGAGGAGGUUUCUCGAAUCAUUAAUUAUAAUAUUGAGCAAGAAUGCAACAGUUUUUUAGAAACUAAGAUAAUGGAUUGGCAAUCAAUUUAUCAAUCAUCAACAGUUCCUAUACCACGAUUUUUACCUAUUGAUAGCUCUGUUAACUUUAUAGGAAGAUUAGCUAGGGAGGUGUUGCGAAUCACAGACCCAAAGACCACGACAUACAUUGAACAGUUAAGUUCUUGGUUUGAUAUUCGAACUCGCGAAGAAGUCAUGAAUUCUAGUAUAUUUUCUUUAAUACAAAAAAGUAUUGGAACACCAGGGUUGGUUGGAUUAGAUAAGCUCAUUUCAUUUAUGAUUGUUAAAGAGUUGCAGAAUAUUGAUGUGAUGAUGAAUAAAGGAAUUUAUGAAGAUCCAAACUCAAUGAAAAUUGUUUCUGACUUUGCCAAAGCAAUAUUACCUUUAAAAGGACUGAUAAAUAAUCCAUCGAGAGUAUACCAGAGCAUUAUUCCCAAACUUAUGAAGUAUUGGUUGAGUCUCACUGAUAUUGUUGUUAAGGUAGGUCAGAUGCAGGUUAUUCGUCGACAAAUUGCUAACGAACUUUCAUUCUCGUGCAAAUUUGAUUCAAAAAUUUUGUUUAAUACAUUGCAAACUUUAAAUGAUUCUGUAAUGAAAGAUAUUGAAGCUCAUUAUAAAGAUCCUACACUUCCCUAUCCUGGUGAAGAUAAUCCUUUGUUAUAUGAAAUGACACCCUACAUAGAAUCAACUGGUAUUGGAAAUCCAUCUUUAAAGAUAUAUAUAACAACUAAAAAGCAGCCAUAUUUUUCUAUCUUUUGCUCUUUGUUGGUUAUUAGUCAACUACCUAAAUUAUCUUUUCAAAAGUCUUUAGGUGGCAUGGUUUCUAAAAAAAUUACUGAACCGUUGGAUAGUACAAGUUUUGCAAUGGGUCUUGUAACAUUGUUAAAGCAAUAUCAUUCGGACUGCAUUGAACAACUUAUUAUGCUAUUAGGACAGUUUGUAAGAUCUACAGUUGGCUCCACCACUGUCAACGCAAAAUAUACAGAGCUAUCUUCAGAUGUUAUAAAUGUAUUGUCGUUUCUGGAUCAGUUUGUUACUUUUGCUGAUUUAUCUAGAAAGAUUGUAGAAGAACAAAUUCCAGCAUACUUGUUUGAGGUUUUUAAAGACCAAAUCACAUCUUAAAUUUUUUUUUUAAUUUUAGUAUUUUGAAUGCUAAGCUAUAGUUUCAUUUUUUUUUAAACCUCAUUUUGUUUUUGUGAUUUAUUUAUUAAAAUAACUCUGUUUUUUAUAUUGUCAUUUAUUAUAAAUUUGUAACAAAAAUUUCUAAUUCAUAAAAUUUGCUUAACAAAUGUUAAGAAUUUCUAAUUACAAUUUUAUAAUUUAAAUUAAGUUAAUUUUUAUGUUAUAGUUAUAAAUAUUUUUGAUGAAAAUGUA